GACUAGACUAGUCUAGAACCUAUCAGUCACCCAAUCGUGCCUCGCGGUUCAAGACGAUUCAAGACAGUUUCCACUGAUCCACUCCUAGAUUCUGACAGUUUUGUUGCCUCGCGCCGCCAUUCGGUCACGCAUUACAGUAUCGUACGGUCGACGCCUUAUGCUAGCUAGUAUCUCCAGUCUCCUUUCUUACGAAACGGACGGGGAUUCCCAGUGCCACGUUGCAUGGACGGGGAUUCCCAGGCUCCCGUAACUUAGUAGAUUUAGACCCAUAAUACAGCUAAGAAGCACCUAGGCCAGCACGUCGUGUGUACACAGGGUUUUCUGUGAAUGGCUUUCCGCUUUAUGUGCAACCUUCAACUAGUACUAGCUUCCCUACGGUCAGAGUAUGUUUGAUCUUAAUACCAGAACAUAUAGAAGACCGGGCUAGCAGGAACAUUGACGUCACAAUCCGUAGCUAAUCCAUCGAGACACCUAACCACCCAGCUAGCACCGACAUCGACGUCACACGGCUAGCACUGCUAGCGGUUAGCACUGCUAGCACAUAGUUAGCACCGUCAUCGUGGUCACACGGCUCGCAAUGGGACGACCAGAUACACGAAGAACUCAGAAGAUUCAAACCUUCGCGGCUCACACGGCCAGCAUAAAAUGCGUCAGCAUCGGACGGAAGACGUGCGAGAGGGUUAUCACAGGCGGCGACGACAAGAAACUGCUCCUCUGGUCCAUUCACGAUCGCGAACCGCUCCUCAAGCUGAGCGGCAACACCAGUGCAGUGGAGAGUGCGCUGCUGAGCAGAUCAGAGGAUCAGGCCAUCUCGGGGGUGCUCAGCGGCUCAGUCAAGCUAUGGGACCUCAACGAAGGCAAAGCCGUCCGCACCUUGACAGGCCACAGGGGUUCGGCCAUGUCCCUGGACUUCCACCCCUUUGAGCCGUUCUUUGCGUCGGGCUCUCUGGACUCAACAGCGCGCGUGUGGGACCCGCGGCAGAAGGAGGCGGUGCACGUGCUCAAGAACCACGGCAAGGGCGUGGCGUGUGUCAGGUUCAGCCCUGACGGGCAGUGGCUCAUGACGGGCGGGCAGGACUCAGUUAUCAAGCUGUGGGACGUGCCAGCGGGCAAGGUGCUGCACGAGUUCAAGCAGCACGGGGACGCCGUCACCUGCCUCACCUUCCACCCGCACGAGCUGCUCCUUGCUUCCUGCUCCAGUGAUCGCACGUGCAAGUUCUGGGACCUGGAGACAUUCGAGCUGGUGGGGUCGACAGGAGCGGAGGCUAGUGGCAUGAGGUCGCUGGCUUUCACCCCAGAUGGACAGGCACUGCUAGCUCCCGCUGGCGACACUCUCAAGGUGUGGGGCUGGGAGCCGGUGCGGUGCUUCGACACGGUCAACGUGGGGUGGUCCAAGGUGGCUGACGUCAGCAUCCAUGAGGGCAAGCUGUACGGGGCGUCCUUCUCCCACACAUGCGUCAGCCUCUGGCUCGUCGACCUCAUGCGGGUGGCACCAUUUGGCUCUAGCACGUCAGAGAGCACCGAGGAGGAGCGGAGCCUCUCAGGCGCCAUGGGCCUACCUCUGCCCGCCUCUCCCACCGCUUCCUCUGUGUCCUCCGUGUCAACGCCCGUGCACUCUGCUGCUACCGCGCACGGGCUCAAAGGUAACCCGUCUCCUGCCAGCCGCUCCCCUCAUGUCCGCCCCUCCCCCUCGCCCCACCAGCACCACCAGACCCCCACAGCAGCAUCCAUCCAUCGCACUCGCCAGCUCUCCCCAGUCAAGGGCGAGGGCUCUGCCUCCACCGCCCCCACUCACCCCCUCACGCCCUCCCCGCUCCCCUCUGCCGCUGGGGGAGGGGUAGGCAGUACCGGUGGCGUGGGGAGUAGCAGGCUGGGGGCGUUUGAGUCAACUCAGAAUCAGAAAACAGGAGGGAGAGAGGGAGGUGGGAGGUUUGGUUUCCGUGGGGGGGCAGGGGGAGGAGGUGUGGGGGGAGAGAGUGCAGGGGUGGGGAGUGGGGGUGUGAGGGGACGAAGGGUGUCGGUGGGAGGGGCGGGGGAGCAGUGGGGCAGAGGGGUUGGCACGAUAAGUGGGAAGGAGCAAAGGACGGGAAUUGGAGGGGGAGGAGGUGGGGGAGGAGGGGGGACAGGAGGGGGGAGUUCAUGUGCCGGGGCGAUUUCGAGGGGAGUGGGGGCAAGGGGGGGGCGGAGAGCGUCUGUGUCUGGCGGCCAUGUGAUCUCCAGAGGGGACGAUGCCUCUGCCAAGGCGACCAGGAACGGAAUCUAUGUGAUUCCCAGGGACGAGCCCCCCGUGUCCCGCAAGAUUCAGGAGUUUCUGGACUCUGGAGGGGUGUCUGAUGCUGCUGUGCGUCCAUCUUCCGUGCGCGAUGGAGUGGACAGGAGGAUGGAUGAGGCGAAUCAACGGCACCCGCGCAAGAUUCAAGAGUUUCUUGAUGCGGGGGGGGUGAUGGUGCCUGAUGAUGAUGCUGCUGUGCAUCCCUCUGUGCGGCAGGCAAGAGGGAAUGCUGCGUUUGAGUCGACUCAAAAGCAUGCCGGUGGGAGGAGGGCUGACGAUGAUGAUGUGCGGUUUUCUGUGCGGCACGCAAGAAUGAACGCUGCAGCAGCACCGGCAGGGAUUGAAGAGGCAGGAAGCGCAGUAGCGGGGUUUAGGGAUCCGGUGCUGGUGUCACGAGAUGAGAAUGACCCCUCAUCGCUUCCCUCGUCACUCCCCUCCUCGCUUCCCUCCUCUCUUCUGCACACGCAAGGGAGUGCCGCUGCCGUUGCGGACAGCAGCAGUGGCAAGGGGAGUCACGUCCCCAGCAUGGAAGAUUCCUCUGGUUCUGUUACCCCUGUAGAGGUCUCCAACUCGGGUACUCCAGCAGCAGCCGUGUCUGGCCCAGGUAGGUCAAACGGUGCAUCUGGUUUGGGCACGCAAGCAGGUGCAUCUGGGGCGGGUAUACUUGGCGGCAUGUCUAGCUUUGGCCUGUCGUUUGACUGGAGCAAGGCGGUGGCGACAGCGGGCGGGGGGGCGGGCGGCAGAGCGGCCACAGUGGUGGAGGCGAUGAGCAAGGUGUCUGACUGGAUCGGGUCGUUUUCGGGUCUGGAUGAGAGUGGAGGGGGGGGAGGGGGCAAGAGCGGGGUGAAAGAGGCAGGAGGGAGAGGGGAGGUGGGCAGGGAGGAGAAGGCAAUUUGGCGGGACCAGGAGGAGGAGAGGAGGGAAGGGGGGAGUGGGGGGGGUGGGGAGGGGGGGAGUGUGGGACGUGAGGAGGAGCGAGGUGGGGGGAGGAACGGAGGAGGUGGCAGGAACACAAGGGUACAGAGAGUCGGAUCGGGGCAAAUCAGUGGGUGCAGUGAUGACGAUGACGAUGGUGAUGAGGGUGAGGGUGAGGGCAGGAGUCAAGUCGGGGCUCAUAGUGAUGGUGCUGCUGCUACUAGCGAUGGGCCUGGGACAAGCUAUGGUGCUGCUGAUAGUGACGGGCCAGCUGCUAGUCGUGCGACUGCUACUAGUGACGGGCCUGCCAUCAGCGGUGCGACUGUGGACUCUAAGGUGUCGGUGCCAAGCCUUCGAGCGCCUUAUGCCGUGGAGGGGGAGGGGGAGGAUGGGGAUGAUGGGGCAGAGAGUCGGGUAGAGAGGGGGGAGAAGCAUGGGCAUCCGGAUGGGAGUAUGCUGGGGCAGCUGGGGACGGGGCGUGGGGUGCGCAGUGAGGACAAGUACAAGGUGCGGCCAUCCACGCUGCACCCGCCGUAUGCUGUUGAUUUGGAGGAUGGGGUGGAGGGCAUGGGCGGCAGUGUGAGGGUUGACAGUCUGAGGAGGCAUGGGUCCGCUGGGGAGAGGGAAGGGGAGCGCGAUAAGAGUGUUGCCCUGGUAUCGUCGGCAUCUGUUGGUGGCAGUGCGAGGAGCGGUGGUGGAGAGGCUGCUACUAACGAGUAUGGAUCAAGAGAGAGUGGUGAUGCCAGCGAUGCAGCAGUGCUGGCUUCCUCUUCCUUUGGCUCCGCCUCUUUGCCUUCGAGGGCGGAAGCAGGGUGUGACAGGGGAGGAGGAGGGUCGGAGGGAGUGGGGGGAGAGGCAGCAGGAGGAGGAAUGGGAGGAGCAGGGGGAGCUGGGGAUUUGAUACCUGCAGGAGCGAUGGCCGGAGUAGGGAGCAGGAGCCAGGGUAGGCGCAUUGGGAUGUCUCCCUUAUCCCCGCGCAUGCAGUCACCCCAAGUGCAGCCACCGUGGACUGUAUCCGCCCCAUCCACCCCGUCCGCUCAUUCUCUAGCUGCUGCACCAGCGAAAGCACCAGCAGCACCAGCAGCAGCAGCGGUGCCAGGGCGAGUGCAAGCCAGAGCAUCAGCAGCAGCAGCAGCAGCGCCAGUGGCAGUGGCAGCACAAGCCCGAACACCAGGUGCACGGCAUGCAGCAUCGACAGCAUUAACAGCUUCAAGAGCAGCAGGGAGCGUUCUGCAGUGGUCCAUGAAGGUCAAUGUGGAGGAGUUCGCACAGCCCCCUCUACCAUCCAAACAGCAGAAACAGCAGGAUGAGGAGGAGGAAGACGAGAUGGUGGUGAUGGAGAGUGUGAAUGGGCGCCACACAGCCAUGCUACACAUGCUGCAGGGGCGGUUGAAUGCAGUGCGACAGGUGGCAUCGCUGUGGGUGGAGGGCGACUUGAUGCCCGCCCUCUCUGCCCUAACUUCCUCCAAGGACCUCUCUGUGGUGGUAGAUGUUCUUGAGGUGCUGGCGCUGCAGGGGGGGAGGCGGCUGGUAUCUCUAGGCAUGGAGGGAACCAUGCAGCUGCUGCCGCUGCUGAGGGCUCUACUGGCCAGCCGGCACUCCAAGUACGUGGGAGUGGCGCUGUCCCUCUUACGAGAGCUGCUGAGGGCCUUCAGUGAGCCCAUCACCGCUGCUCGCACCGCCACGCAUUCCCCCGGAGUGGAUUUACAUAUGGAGGAGAGGUUGCAGCGCUGCAAUGACUGCUAUGAGGGCUUCAGGGUGCUCUCGGAUCAACUCGACCCCAUCCUCAGGAGGCGGAGCAAUGAGAACUAUGCCCUUGCCUCGGACGUCCACAUGCUGCUACAGAAGAUGGAAUAACCUUUCUUAGGAUUAAGCAAUGGCCCAAUAAAUUUAUAAUAUGAAGGAGUAGGAUACAUGGCUUUAGAAGGCAGGCGCUUUAUUGGAGCCCCACACGGAGUAAAGCACAUGCCAAGGCUUGCUUGAGUUGUAAAUUAUCGUGAUGGUUGCUUGGUUUGGUUGUGAAUUCACCUUACAUACUUGAUUGUGAUGCUUGA